GUUACUGGGCUGGAGCGAGUGGCUGUUUGCUCAGGGGAAAGGGACGCCUGCCCUGUGGUUUGGAAGCGUACUUGGGGGAGAAAGUGGCGAGUCAGCAGCACACCCUGCCAUCACCCACGGGCUGCGGAGGGCGAUUAGCGCGCAGUUUCCCCUUUAGCUUGUGUGUCGAAGAGUAAGUGCGGCAGCUGUAUGGGCGACCUGCCUCACCUGUGUAAGGGAGUACCCGGCUCAGACGUCAGAUUGCACUAAGGUCACAUCAGAAAACUGAUUAUUUUCAGACAGCUGGAACAGAAUUGCUUUCGUUUAAUGAAUCAGCAUAGAGCUGUGAAUAGAGAAGUCAAUGAUUGCUGGCUGCUGAGGAACAGGAUGUUUAAGGCUUCACUAAUUAAAGCACGACCCUCAAAUCCAUCUUGCGACAGACGGCUCACAAGGUCGGCACAGCAGACGCACUAUGUUUGGGAACAGCGCUGACCAGUGGGUGUGUCCUAACGACAGACAGCUGGCCCUUCGAGCCAAGUUGCAGACGGGCUGGUCGGUGCACACGUUCCGCACGGAGCGGCAGAGGAAGAGUCAGGCCCUGGACGUCAGGGAGCUGGACGUCAUCGUGGGCGUGAUGCGCAGGGCUGAGCAGCUGGAGCACAGGGAGCAGUGCCGGGUUGGGAGACUCGUGGAUCGCUUGGAUAACAUGAAGAAGAGCGCAGUGGGGAACGGACUGACCCAGUGUCUCCUCUGUGGCGAGAUUCUCGGACUUCUGGGCCUGCCAUCCGUAAUCUGUCAAGACUGCUGCAAGAAAGUGUGCACCAAGUGUGGAGUGGAGAGCCUGCGUGGUCAGAAGAGAACGCAGUGGCUGUGCAAGAUAUGCAGUGAGCAAAGAGAGGUGAGUGUCACUGCAGUGCAGCCAACAACAUCCCAGUAAUCAUGAAAAACAUGCGUCUUCAAGCCAUAUGACGCACUGCUGU